AUGGGUCGUGUUUUUCUUGAACAUUUGGGUGGUCAACGCAUCUUUUCAUGUGCACAUUGUGAAACACCAUUGACCAAUCGUAACGAAUUAGUUUCCACCCGAUUCACGGGUGCGACAGGUCGUGCAUUUCUAUUUAGUCGUGUCGUGAAUACAAAACAAAGUCCAGUUCAAGAACGAAUGAUGUUAACAGGUCGACAUUUUGUUCGCGAUAUCAGCUGUAAGAAGUGCGACACCAAACUUGGUUGGAUGUAUGAAUUCGCAACUGAAGAAUCGCAACGUUACAAAGAGGGACGAGUUAUCCUCGAACGUGCCUUAAUCAAUGAAUCUGACGGAUUUUAG